AUGCCUUCUGAAUUACAAGACGCAGUCCCAGAUAUUGUUAUUGGCGGUGAUCAACCAGUCGAGGAAGCAGAAUAUGAGAGUGAAAAUGAAGAAAUUUUAGAUACCAAAACCGAAAAGAAGACAGUUAGUUUUGCAGAUCUCGAUGAAAACGAAAAUGGAGAAAGUGAAGAGGACAUCAGAAAAAGAGAAUUCGAAGAAGGUGGUGGUUUGCCAGAACAACCAGUGAAUCCAGAUGUCGCAUCUCUUACUCCUAUUUCUCCAGAGAUUAUCAACAGACAAGCUACCAUUAAUAUUGGUACCAUUGGUCAUGUUGCCCACGGUAAAUCCACUGUUGUUAGAGCCAUUUCUGGUGUCCAAACUGUUAGAUUCAAGAACGAAUUAGAGAGAAAUAUUACCAUCAAGUUAGGUUAUGCAAAUGCAAAGAUUUACAGAUGUAACGAUAAAAACUGUCCUGAACCGGAUUGUUAUCGUUCGUUCAAGAGUGAUAAAGAAAUUCAUCCAAAAUGUCAACGUCCUGGAUGUAAUGGUAGAUACAAUUUAAUCAGACAUGUCUCCUUUGUUGAUUGUCCAGGUCACGAUAUUUUAAUGAGUACCAUGUUGUCGGGUGCAGCUGUCAUGGAUGCUGCUUUAUUAUUGAUUGCAGGUAAUGAACCAUGUCCACAACCUCAAACUUCCGAACAUUUGGCUGCUAUUGAAAUCAUGAAAUUAAAGCAUGUUGUGAUUUUACAAAAUAAAGUUGAUUUGAUGAAGAAAGAAGCAGCUUUAGAGCACGAAAAAUCUAUUUUGAAGUUUAUCAAGGGUACUAUUGCUGAUGGUGCUCCUAUUAUCCCAAUUUCUGCUCAGUUGAAAUACAACAUUGAUGCAGUUAACAUGUGUAUGGUCAAGUCUAUUCCUGUUCCAAUUAGAGACUUUACUGCAGUUCCAAGAUUAAUGGUUAUUAGAUCUUUCGAUGUUAAUAAGCCUGGUGCAGAAAUUGCAGAUUUGAAAGGUGGUGUUGCUGGUGGUUCUAUCUUGACAGGUGUUUUUAGAAUUGGUGAUGAAAUUGAAAUCAGACCGGGUAUUGUCACUAAAGAUGACAAUGGUAAGAUUCAAUGUAAGUCCAUUUUCUCUAGCAUCGUCUCCUUAUUUGCUGAAAACAAUGAUUUGAAAUUUGCAGUUCCUGGUGGUUUGAUUGGUGUCGGUACUAAAGUUGACCCAACUUUAUGUAGAGCUGAUAGACUUGUUGGUCAAGUGGUUGGUGCAAAGGGCAACUUACCUUCAGUUUUCACAGAUAUCGAGGUCAACUAUUUCUUACUAAGAAGAUUACUUGGUGUUAAGACUGACGACCAAAAGAAGGUCAAAGUCAGAAACUUGGAGGUUGAUGAUGUGUUGAUGGUCAACAUUGGUUCAACUGCUACAGGUGCUAGAGUGGUGGCAGUUAAAGCAGAUAUGGCUAGAUUAACCUUGACUUCUCCUGCAUGUACUGAAAUUAAUGAAAAGAUUGCAUUGUCCAGACGUAUUGAUAAACAUUUCAGAUUAAUUGGUUGGGCGACUAUCAAGAAAGGUACUACCAUUGAUCCAAUAAACUAG